CCGAUAAUUUUAAAAAAUGGAAUGUUCGAAAAAGAGCGCUGGGUGAAAAUUUAAGAACGUUUCCCACCAAAUCUUCGACGGCAACAGCAACCGGGAAAAUCCCACGAACCAAUGACCAGUACAAAUUCCAUGAUCAAAGCACUCCUCAGAAGCCCCCAAACAAUAAGCUCCAAAUCCCAAGCCAAACAACUUCAUGCCCAAAUCCUCAAAUUCAAACCUUCCUAUUCCGUUCACCUCUCUACUCUCAUUUCCAUCUACUCCAACUUCAACCUCUUACAUGAUUCCCUCCUUAUCUUCAACACCCUCCACUCGCCGCCAAUUCUUGCCUAUAAAUCAAUCAUCAGAUGUUAUGCUGCCAACGGCCUUUUUAUUCAAUCCUUGAAAUGUUUUCUGCAAAUGAGAGCUUCCGGUAAAUACCCAAAUCAUAAUGUGUUCCCUUCUGUGCUAAAGUCAUGUACUUUAUUGUUAGACCUAAAAUUAGGCGAGUCUAUCCAUGGCUGCAUUAUUAGAUUGGGUAUGGACUUUGAUUUGUACACUGGCAAUGCCCUUAUGAAUAUGUAUGCAAAAUUUCGAAGUUUGGGUAGGAAUGGCUCCCAGAGAAAAGACACAUGUAAGCUGUUUGAUGGAAUGCCUGAUAGAAUCUAUCAUAGUGAAUUGGUUAACAAAUUUUCGAGACAAAUAUUGGAUAUUGGUAAAAAUGUUUGUGUGAAUCAAGCUAGUCAUAUUUCGCCUCAAAUUAAUGGAAACAACAAAAUCUUCGAUUGGUCUUACAUGGAAAAUCAUAAUAAUUAUAUGGGAGAGGAGGAUAGACGGAAUUCAAAAAUGGAUGAUGUAAGAAAGGUUUUUGAGAUGAUGCCAAGAAGAGAUCUCGUUUCUUGGAAUACAGUGAUUGCAGGGAAUGCACAGAAUGGGAUGUAUGAAGAAGCACUAAUGAUGAUUAGGGAGAUGGGAAAUGCCAACUUGAAGCCUGAUUCAUUCACUUUGUCAAGUGUGCUUCCUAUCUUUGCAGAAUAUGUGGAUGUCGAUAAGGGGAAAGAGAUUCACGGAUAUGUCAUAAGACAGGGCUUUCAUGGAGAUGUGUUUAUUGGUAGUGGCUUAAUCGACAUGUAUGCAAAGUGUGCUCGAGUGGAAGAUUCGUUACGGGUGUUUAGCAUAUUACCUCAACGAGAUGACAUUUCAUGGAACUCAAUUAUUGCAGGGUGUGUGCAGAACAAUCGAUUUGGUGAGGGCCUGAGCUUCUUCCGGCAGAUGGUGAAGGCUAAAGUUAAGCCUCGGCAGGUUUCUUUUUCCAGUAUCUUACCAGCUUGUGCUCAUUUGACAACAUUAAAUUUGGGUAAGCAGCUGCAUGGAUACAUAAUUAGGUGCAGAUUUGAUGACAAUGUGUUUAUAGCUAGUUCACUCGUGGACAUGUAUGCCAAAUGUGGGAAUGUUAAAGUAGCUAGAUGGAUCUUUGAUAAAAUGGAGCUACCUGACAUGGUGUCAUGGACAGCCAUAAUCAUGGGUUAUGCUUUACAUGGUCAUGCCAAUGAUGCCAUCUCCUUGUUUGAGAAGAUGGAGAUGGGGGGAAUAAGACCAAACUAUGUAGCUUUUAUGGCUGUAUUAACUGCUUGUAGUCAUGCUGGUUUGAUAGAUAAAGCUUGGGGAUAUUUCAACAGUAUGACUCAGAAUUUUGGAAUUGCUCCAGGCUUGGAACACUACGCCGCAAUGGCAGACCUUCUAGGUAGAGCAGGAAAGUUGGAUGAAGCUUAUAAGUUAAUAUCUAGUAUGGAUAGACCUGCAGGGAGUGUUUGGUCAGCAUUGCUGGCCGCUUGUAGAGUCCAUAAGAAUGUUGACAUGGCUGAAAAGGUUGCUGAGAAGAUAUUUGAGGAUGAUCCAGAGAAUGUGGGAGCCUAUGUUCUCUUGUCAAAUACAUAUGCAGCUGCCCGGAGAUGGGAAGAGGUGUCAAAAUUGCGAGUCCUUAUGAGGGAUAAGGGCCUAAAGAAAAAUACUGCUUGCAGUUGGAUUGAAGUUAAAAACAGGAUGCAUGCUUUUGUAUCAGGAGAUAAAUCCCAUCCUAAUUAUGACAAAAUAAGCGAGGCUUUGAAAGUCCUAGUAGAUAAGAUGGAACGAGAAGGGUAUGUUCCUGACACAAGUCAGGUGUUUCAUGAUGUUGAGGAGGAGCAGAAGAAAUACUUGUUAUAUGGCCAUAGUGAGAGACUUGCCAUAGCAUUUGGCCUAAUCAGCACCCCUCCUGGGACAAUAAUUCGAGUCACAAAGAACAUCCGGGUGUGUGUCGACUGCCAUACAGCAACAAAAUUUAUAUCAAAGAUAGUUGAGAGAGAAAUAGUGGUGAGGGAUAAUAACCGUUUUCACCAUUUUAAGGAUGGAAAGUGUUCAUGUGGAGACUAUUGGUGAAAAGGAGCAAGAGACUCCCCGCAAAUUUUUUGUGGUCAUUCAGGUUUGAUAGAAGAUGGCUUUUGGUGUAAGAUAAAAUUACUCUAUUUAUGACCUGGAGGUCAUGGAUUUAAGCCGCUGAAAACAGUCUCCCUACAAAGUAGAGCGAAAACUGCCUACAUCAAUCUUUCCAAAGCUUACAAGGUCGGAUGCUUCGUACACUGGGUCACCCUUUUGUUCAGGUUCGUGUAGACGUCCAGACAACUCUGAGUUUGUUUUUACUAAGAUUUCAAGAAAAGGGAGUUGGUUAUCGGAAAGUAUGGUUGAUUUACGGAUUUAACAUCUGCAAGAUCGAGGGAAAAGAUAUGAUCUUUUUAACCUAAUUAUAUACGCUUACUAUGUCCAGGUAAGUUGCGGUCUGGUGCAAAAAAUUUUCCUAUGAGACAUGCAACUUGAGAAGGUGUUGAAUUUUUCCGUAAUAACAUGCAAUUUUCAUGAGCCCUCUUUCUUGUGAGCUAUUGUUGAUUAAAAUUUUUUGAAUUAGGAUAUUCGUUGUAAUUGUGAGAUGAAAUUAGUGAAUAAUUAAUUAAAUUCUCCCUCUCUGGAUAGUUGCUGCUA